AAGAAAGAAAUGCAAGCUGCCUUUGGAGCCAUGGAAGACCACAAGGCAGAGGAAGAGGUGUUAGAUAUCCUUCGACUGAAUGUGGGUGGCUGUGUUUACACAGCCAGGCGGGAGUCCUUGUGCCGCUUUAAGGACUCCAUGCUGGCGUCCAUGUUCAGCGGUCGUUUUCCUCUAAAAACAGACGAGUCAGGGGCUUGUGUUAUUGACCGUGAUGGACAUCUAUUUAAAUACCUUUUGGAUUAUCUUCAUGGAGAAGUUCAGAUUCCCACCGAUGAACAAACUCGAAUUGCCCUGCAGGAAGAGGCUGAUUACUUUGGCAUCCCUUAUCCAUACAGCCUGUCAGACCACUUGGCCAAUGAAAUGGAGACAUAUUCUUUAAGGUCAAAUAUAGAACUUAAAAAGGCUUUAACAGACUUCUGUGAUUCGUAUGGUUUAGUUUGCAAUAAACCAACAGUUUGGGUCCUCCACUAUCUUAGCACAUCUGGUGCAAGCUGUGAGAAUAGAAUUGUUGGAGUGUAUGCCACAAAAACUGAUGGAACAGAUGCUAUUGAUAAACAGCUGGGAGGAAGAAUUCACAGUAAGAGUAUUUUCAAAAGAGAGGCGGGAAAUAACGUUCAGUAUAUCUGGAGCUAUUAUUCAGUAGCAGAACUGAAGAAAAUAAUGGAUGCCUUUAAUGCCUGGGAAGGAAAAGGUGUUAGCUACUGGCGGGUCCCUCAUGAGCUCAUAGAGUGUUGGACGCUGGAAGAGCAGCCUUUACUUGGAAACCUGCGACACAUGGCCCCAAUUCGAAAAAGGCGACUGGUAUCCUUCAGUGAAGAGGAAGGAGGUGUGGACGGUAAGACUGGUCCCAAGCCUGUAAGAUUUUUGGGCCCUUCCACCAGCACCCAGAUCAAAGUCAAGAACUCGACUUCAGUUAGGCUGUCUCCAGCUAGGGCUCCUCAGACCUCCAUUCGAGUGAUAGCACACCAGCCUCACAGCGGUUCACCCUCAAGAGCUGCAUCCACUGCAGGCACAAAAGCCUGCGAGGAGCCCCGAGUGUCCUGUGGAGCCAAGGGUACUGAAAAUGGGGCUGCAUACCCACCUCCAGCAAAGGUUCUUCUGUCUGACAAGAAGGCUACGCCCAGUCGAGUGAUCAAACUGAAGCGGACUCCACUGUGUGCCACUGUGCCUUCUCAGCCCCCUGCUGCGACUGGAACCCAGACCCACUCCCCUGAGCUUCCCGCAGCUGGAGCUUCCAGCACCACGGGAGUGUGGACCGAAAAUGGGAAAGACGGAAAUAAUUGA